AUGGACUAUCGUUAUGUAAACGGAGAUCGCGGCCAUAAUCCUUACCCCGAGGGUAAUGGCCCCCCUUACCAACAACAAUAUCCACAGUACCCCGUAGCGGACCAGGUGUACCCCGAUGCUAUUCCCCGUACCUACCAACAACCACAGCAGCAGUACGGCUUUCCAACCCAGUCAUUUGCACCAGGGCGGCCGCCCUAUCCAAGCACAGGUGUAUCCUAUCCCGGUGGCUACAGAUCCCCUCCAGUGGAUGGCCGAAUUAGGGGCAAUUCGGACUUCUCUGGAUCGGCUGCCCCUGCGCUCCACGCUCCACGGGACUACCCCCACCGUGAGGAAUCCGAGGUCCCACGACAAGACCGCACUCGGCGUGACAGCCACCCUGGUGGUGGUUACCGUGUCGAAUCCGAUCCGCAACCGCGUCGCCACACGGGACGCGAUCUUGCAAGACGCCAUAGCAACAGACCAGUUGAAACCGAAGAAGAGGCCGAUGGUGUGGAUCACUUAUCACCUGCGCUAGCGAAUGUCCAUCUAAAUGGGGAGCUUGCGGAUACCAAGUCAGGUCUGAUCCGAGAAGAUUCUUCAAACAAGGAAGGGCAAGUCCACGAUAUCCCGAAUGGUUCCCACGCUAUUUAUACUUACAAGAACCGAGGUGUGUCCAAGAGUGCCGCAGACGCAUCCAAGCACGCCAUCGUAUACAUGGAAGGCAGCAGACCCACUGCAAGUUCCUUGGAGCCCCGGAUGUUGAGUAAAGCGUUAGAGAUCCAACCGAUCUCCGAUGAUCAUAAGCUCAGCCCUAUGUCACGGCUGAACUUUGGCAAAUUAUUCACCGUGGAACAUAAUGUCAAGGUGGCCCCCGUGGGAAGAAUCACAGAACGCUCAAUGCCAGAUUUCUUGGCCUAUGCGCGCCGCGAGAUCUGGGUCUGA